CUAAAAUCCGUGUUCCUGUUUACUAUGUAGACGAUGCCGUCGCGGGAACGAUUUUAUGCGAACCCGGAGACACUAUGAGCAUGGUUGGAUCGCAUGCGAUGGCUGCUGCACGCGCCCUUGUUAACAGGGAAACUGGCAUCGAUAUAUUGGGUCCCAAGCCCAAGCCCGACAAGGCCACUCCUGACAAGACUACGCCCAAACCUAGUAAGAGGAAGUCCGGCAAGACCAAUACUAACAAGAACAAGAGCAAACCCGACCAGGGCAAUCCAGACAAGACCAAACCUGGCAAGGUUCAUCCCGACAAGGAGACUGAUGAGGAAUAUCAAGACAAGGUUAACAGCAAUCUCCGCUUGCGCUUGUUCCAAAUUCGCGAGGUCGAUGAAAACACGCAGCUGGUUGAUAUGCCUGAGGGGGGGAGGGGAACAGGACUAGUGGUACUGGGAAUCAACUCACAUCUCACGAGCCCGUUGCGCGAGGAACAUUCACGUGUCCUUCAAGAAGAAGUUAUCACCGAGAGCCAGGGCGAGGUUGUUGGAGCUUCAUCCCCCAAUACAGACGGCCAGAUAGGCGACGAACAAGCCAGUACACCUCCAGACUUUCGGAGUGAGCUGGCGGCCGUGGAAGCUCGAUUUCUGCAGAUGAUUGCCGACUUCAAAGGAGAGAUAGAGGCGGGUAUGGAAAGGCACAAACGGGAGAGAAAGGCAGACAUGGAAAGGCACAAACGGGAGAGAGAGGCAGACAUGGAAAGGCACCAGCAGGAGAUCGAGGCGGUUGCGAAAAAGCAGAAAGAGACGGAACUGCAAAUCAGUCAACUGCAGGCCCAUGUGCGGAAACUGGAGGUGCGAGAGGAGCAAGCGUUCAACUUGAAUUUGCGGAUCACACACGAUAUGGGUCGCAAGGCGCUGGCCGUCCUAAUCGACCCAACUUCGCACAACCGAUGGCAGUCAUGGCAGGACUUCGUGGAUGCAUAUCCCGAAAGCGACGUUCACAAAGCCUUGCCGCCCAAGUCGCCUUGGAUUGAGGUCCUGCCCUUCUUAUAUCGCCCGGAAAAAUUCGGCGACUUCCGUAAGGCUGGGUCGAUUGCGGCCCGCCAGAGCGAAGAAGCCGAACUAGCUCGCGCUAUCAUGACACUUCCGGAUGGUGCAGAGCGUCGGAACUUUGCGGCCGUGCACCACCUCUUGCAUGGCAAGGAACCCGACCUCACGCUGAUGUAGGACAUUGCUGCCUCGUUCCAUACACUGCAUUUGUACUGCCAUCCAACACUACCCAGCGCAUACCGUAUGCGUAGAUUACCAGGAACACAGACUUAGCUCAGCUCAACUUGUAUUUCGAGCGCUUACGUCCUAUAUUUAUG